AUGGCGCUUAAGAAGGACUCAUUCAUUUUUCAGAGUUCGGUAUUCCCAAACUUACGUGACUCUGCCAUCACCGUGGCAACGAAGCGGUUGGAAAGAACGCAGAAUUUCGCUUCAGUGAACAAGGACCUGCACAUCUUUCUCUCCGAAGCGAUCACCUACGUGCAUCAAAAAUAUGCUAACGUUAAACCCUCGCUGAUUCAAGAGUGCAAAUACGGCACUGGCAGUGGCAGCCCUGGCGGCGCGACACAGCGUGCUGCCAGUGGCUGGUCCUACAUCUAUCGUGCCCGUCGAUCCUCGAAUACUUCCUCCAACUCUGAUGAAUUAUUGCGCAUGAAACGACAGAGCUCAUAUCCAGGCGCACCCUGGCAGUCGGAGCCGCUGACGUGGGGAUCAUCCUCCGGUUCUCUACCAAACUCACAACAACCAGCAGCGUCACAGUCUCUCGGCUCCUACCAGUCCUACUUCUCACCGAACAGACAAGGCGGGGGUGGUGGUGGGGGGGGUGGUGGUGGUUCCUCUUCACAGCAUUCCGCCAAUGCGCCAGAAAAACUCAGCAAAUGGGCCGCCCAACUUAAAUUAUACGUGAGGGUCACAUUCUUCUCUCUUGAUUGUUAUUUUCGGGCUCAAGUAUUACACUAG